GACUCGUACUACACCCGGAAGUGACCCGUGCUACACCCGGAAGUGCGGCAUUGAGUGAUCUUUACACCCUGAGCGGGGAGUAGGGCACACAUGGACGCCUGGGUGAGGUUCAGCAGCCAGAGCCAGGCCAAGGAGCGGAUCAUCAGAGCCGCACAGUACGCCUGCACGUUGCUCGGGUACACGCUGCAGAAGAAUGGAGCCGGCGCGGAGUUCGUCACCGCCCUCAAACAGCUGGAGGCGCACUUUAGCCUCAGCCGGAAACUGUUUCGGUUGGGGAACUCGGUGGACGCCUUGGAGUCGGCCAAGCGGGCCAUCCACCUAUCGGACGUCGUCUUGCGGUUCUGCAUCACGGUGAGCCACCUGAACCGCGCCAUGUACUUCGCCUGCGACAACAUCCUGUGGCUGGGGAAGACGGGGUUGUCGCGGGAAAUGGACCAGGAGAAGUGGAGUCAGAGGUCCUUCAGGUAUUACUUGUUUUCGCUCAUCAUGAACCUCAGCCGGGACCUCUACGAGCUCAAACUCCUGAUGGAGGCCGAAACUGGGGGCAAGCGUUCCUCCUCCAGACUGGCUGCUGAGAACGGGGUGGUCUCUCGUGGGAGCCCCUCCCACCGCCAGGUGGUGGUCCUCCAACUCCGCCUCCUUGUACACGUCCUCCGCAGCAACCCUCCUCUCCUGCUCGACCUGGCCAAGAACACCUGUGACCUGUUUAUCCCUCUGGACAAGCUGGGCCUUUACAAGACCAACCCGGGCUUUGUGGGGCUGUGCGGCCUGACGUCCUCCAUACUGUCCAUCCUGAGCAUCCUCCACCCCUGGCUGAAGCUGAAGCCUUGAGACCCCCCCACUGGCAACCCAUGACCCCAAACGUUCUUCUGAGAACUUGGCUAGAGCCUUGAGACCCCCCCCCACUGGCAACCCAUGACCCCAAAUGUUCUUCUGAGAACUUGGCUGGAGCCUUGAGACCCCCCACUGGCAUCCCAUGACCCCAAACGUUCUUCUGAGAACUUGGCUGGAGCCUUGAGACCCCCCCCCACUGGCAACCCAUGACCCCAAACGUUCUUCUGAGAACUUGGCUGGAGCCUUGAGACCCCCCCCCCCCCACUGGCAACCCAUGACCCCAAAUGUUCUUCUGAGAACUUGCUUAAAAUCUUGAGACCCCCCCCCACACUGGUAUCCUGAGACCCCUACUGGCAUCUUGAGAACCCCCACACUGGCAUCUUGAGAGCCCCCACACUGGCAUCCUGAGAGCCCAAAUGUUCUUCUGAGAACUUGCUUGAAAUUUUCAGACCCCCCACACUGGCAUCCUGAGAACCCCCCACACUGGCAUCCUGAGAACCCCCCACACUGGCAUCCUGAGAACCCCCCCACACUGGCAUCCUGAGAACCCCCCACACUGGCAUCCUGAGAACCCCCCACACUGGCAUCCUGAGAGCCCAAAUGUUCUUCUGAGGACUUACUUGAAAUCGUGAGACCCCCCCACCAGUGUCCUUUUGUUUUCAUAUGUUCUUC